AUGGAUGUUGUGCUGACUGUCAGUAUUCCCUCCACGAACGGCCUCAACGUCGCGUUUCCUUCCACCUGGAAAUGUUUGACAUUCCACAAUUGUGAUUACUGGAAACCGGCGACUGCUGUUUAUUGGUCAAACCUUCCUUACUACACAUUCGCCGCCUUCUAUGAGACGACAACAUGCUACGCUGGGGGCGAAAGUGUUUACUACUCAGCGCCACUGGUACCGACGGGGAGUCAUGCUUUUCUACCACCAAUGCCAAUCCGGUCCAUGAUGAUUGGGGUCAAUCGCAACUACACCCGUCGACCUUCAGUUAUCUACUACAAUGGUUGUCGUCUUGACGAUUACAGGGGCGAUAUUGAGAAUAUAAUUCGUGGUGAGGUUAUCGAUGAUGAAACAAUGGAGACGGCAGCUAACUCAUCGGAUCAACGCAGUGGUGACGGUGCGUCAGCUGACUGGGGCCUGUCGCCCAACUGGACUGCUCCGCUUCCGGAAUGAACGACAAUUUCGAAGUAAAGCACACAUAUACCAGUAGUUUUUUCAGGUUCCUAGUCGUAUCUGUUAGCAGCUUUAACUUUUUUUUU